AUGAGACUCUCUGUAGGGACGACUGCUUCAGAUCAAGAUGAGACAGAGCAAUUUGGUGAGUGGUUAUUGAAAGUUGGUGAUGGUCUAAAGGUGAAUAUGGAUGGGAAUAUGGAGAGUCAACUAGAUCUCUAUGGUCCUGAAUUACUGAAUAGCAUAAAUUGCUCUGGUUUGCCUCCACAUAAAUUAAUACUCAAGGUUGGUGUUUCGGUGAUGUUACUGAGGAAUAUUGACCAAUCUAGUGUUCUUUGUAAUGGUACAAGGCUACAAGUUAGGAAGCUUGGAAAUCAUGUCAUAGAAUGUGAAGUCUUAACGGGUAACAAUGUUGGUCAUAUUGCUUUGAUUCCAAAAAUGAAUAUGGUACCAACAAAUGAAACCGUCCCAGUUAGAUUCUAA